UUGCAGGACGUCGGCUCCUUCAAUAUGUCCCUGAACGACAGCUACGCCUGGAACACCAGUCUAAACAACGACACCGUCUUCGUGAUCGGCGGCAUGUACCCUUCGGGCUAUAGCCUGCCACACAUAGUGCUCGCCUCGAUAGUCGUUACGUUGCUCAUGAUAGUGAUAGUGGUCGGUAACAUGCUCGUGAUAAUCGCGAUCGCGACGGAGAAGGCCUUGAAGAAUAUUCAGAACUGGUUCAUCGCCAGUCUGGCCGUCGCCGAUUUCUUCCUCGGCCUCAUCAUCAUGCCGUUCUCUUUGGCUAACGAGAUUAUGGGAUAUUGGAUAUUUGGUUACUGGUGGUGCGACAUUUACUCUGCUAUGGACGUGCUAUUGUGCACCGCUAGCAUCAUGAACUUGUGCCUCAUCAGCCUCGAUCGGUUUUGGAGUAUCACGCAGGCCGUGGACUACCUCAAAAAACGAACCCCUGCCAGGGCGGCACUCAUGAUCGCUCUGGUCUGGCUCCUCUCCGCACUGGUCUGCAUACCACCCCUGUUAGGCUGGAAGAGGCCAACUCCCGAGGAGGAGUUCCCAAAGUGUAGGUUAUCCGAGGACAUCGGGUACGUCCUCUACUCGGCGUUAGGCAGCUUCUACAUCCCAUCAUGCAUCAUGGUCUUCGUAUACAUCAGGAUAUACUUCGCGGCGAAAGCUCGGGCGCGGCGUGGAAUCCGGAAGCAGCCAAGACCGCGGCCAGUUGUUCCGGAAUCCCCGGACAUAAGGCAGACCAGUUUCACCCAAAGCACGCCAGCGAUGGGAGCCAGACGAACGGCUGGUUCGACGAUGGAAAACGUGGCGACCAUAGAGAAUCAGCCGAUUCAAAUACCCAUAGUGACCUGCGACUUUGCCAGCGAUAUCAGCACCUCCGAGGCCGAACCUGGUGGAGGCAGCAAUCCUCAGCUUGAGGAGAAGGACACAUUGAAGGUGAGCGUGCCGCUGCAAGUGCCAAAGACAAUACUGAAGGCGUCGCUAUCGGUGAACGGUGAGGGUACGACGACCCAAACCAUACCGGUGCGGUGCAGGGCACCAAGUGUGGGUAUCGACGUCGACAUGGUCUCGGAGUUCGACCCUUCCUCAUCGGACAGCGGGGUGGUGUCGAGGUGCGCGGUGGUCAAGCCUCUGAAGCUGCGUCUCUGCCAGCCGAUAUUCGGCCGAAAGACAACGAACAAGUUAAAACGGGAACAAAUCGACGUAGGAAAGGUGAAGGAGUGCCCGACGAUAGAAGUGAAGCCGCCAAAGCCGCGCGAUCCGGAACGGGAAAAGCGUCGGUUGGCGAGGAAGAAGGAGAAACGAGCGACCCUGAUCCUUGGCCUCAUAAUGGGCAGCUUCAUCGCCUGUUGGCUGCCAUUUUUCUUCCUCUACAUCGUUAAGCCCCUCUUUCCCAGCCUCGAUAUACCGGAAAGAGCCUUCGCCAUCGCCUUCUGGCUCGGCUACAUGAACUCGGCACUGAAUCCCGUCAUUUAUACGGUAUUCAACAAGGACUUCCGACGGGCUUUCCGACGCAUAUUGUUCAAAUAGUUGCCGAGGAAGCUUCGGGGCGACCGAUCCA